AUGGACGGAGCGUCCAUGCAGACGACGGACGGCCCGCCUGAAGCAGAGGCCAUAACGACCGACCAAGGUCAGACCCAAGGUAAGCGGCAGAUUCUCCUCGUGACGCUUUUGGAAGCGCUCUUUAACCAUGACACAGGCAGCACAGCGUCCACUGCUCAGGAGUUUACAACAAUGGCCGAAUCUUUACACGCGACAGUGCAUUUGUCUUUUCCAGCCACGCCGCUCCUAGCACCUGCUCCUACAUCUUCGUCCGACCCACGGCCCCGUCCUAGCAUGUCGCACAACGCGCCAGCUGCUCUUGCCUCCGCUGCCGCUGACCUGUUUUCAUCCACAGACUCCCCCCAACCCUCACAUGGCUUGCAAUCCGUUCCGACGGUCGAAGCGUAUCAGGCUCAUGGUCUUUUCACCUUGUCGGACGACCUGUUCCAGGUACCCGCCGGCCACAACCUCGCCUCUCUUUCUACCACCAUCACCCCCUCGAACACGUCAUUAUGUCCUACGCGCACUUUGCCUCCAUCGACGGUCUCCGAACGAAGCAUAUCAAGCUUCGGUCGCAGCGCGCUAUCUCGAUUGCGUAGACUUUUGCAGCUGCCGUUGACGCAGAAGUCACAGAAACCCCGCAGUCCAGAAGAUUGUCUUCAAGCAUCGCCGAUCGGCCUCGGAGGAUUCGAGCCCGCACUAUUACCUAGGAGCGCCGAAAUCACUUACGGAAGGUCAGUCGAGCGUGGGCUGCCGUCAGGAGAGACACAGGAUGAACGCGCUCAGCACAUUAUGCGACAGCUCUUUGAACGCGACAUUAGGAUCGAGGUGCCCCUUGCAAACGGUGACCGCCCGCUGAUUGUCGCACGGGCGUGGCUCGACUGGUUUUGUCCGUGCAAUCUUGUUGAUCAACGGAUGCUUGAGGGGCUUCCUUCUCUCAAGUACGACUCGAUCGACCGUGAGCACUACGCUAUCACUCCGGCAGGACGUGCGUACUCGACCGCGCGCUUCGAGGGAAGAUGGUUCUGCGCAGACAUCGAUGCGUUCGAUCCUUGUUAUGACCCCACGGAAUUCAGAGUGUCAGACCAUGAUCUCCGUUGCGAUGUCAUCAUCGGUCGCCCAGCGAUCAUAAAGCAUAAGCUGUUCCAGGGUGAACCUUCGAUGCCUCUGGCCGUACCACUUGGAGUGCGCACACCGCAUAUUCGAAUUGACCGUAUGUCUCGUCCCUUCACGGCGAUGAGCUGCAACUAA